UAAAUUAUAUAAUCAUAGUGAGAUAUUAGGCGUAAAGUGAAAUCCCUCAAUCUAUUAAGAAAAGAAAUACACACCCAUGUAUUUUGCAAGGAAAUCCAUUUUUACAGUUUGUCUACAAUGCCAGAUUCUUUUAAAAAGACCUAUGUCUAACCAUAUAAAUAAAAGUGUGUACAUCUCAGAAUCAAAUGAUGUCUUUACCAAUUUAGCUAUGGAAGAUUGGCUUUAUCGUCAUACUAAUUUUGAAAAACGGGAAAUAUUAAUGCUGUGGUGCAACAAUCCAUGUGUAGUAAUAGGAAGGCAUCAGAAUCCAUGGCUUGAGAGCAAUGUCUCUGAAUUACCUCAUAUAACAAAUAAUGAAAUUAUGUUUUCACGAAGAAAUAGCGGCGGUGGCACAGUAUAUCACGACAUGGGUAACUUGAAUCUCACCUUUUUUUUCCCAAGAGCUAAAUACAACAGGAGAACAAAUUUAGAGCUGAUUUCAAAAUCCAUCAAACAAAAAUUUGGAGUUGAAUUGGAAAUAUCUUCGCGACACGACUUGAUAUAUAACGGCCACAAAAUAUCCGGCACCGCAGCUAAAUUAGGUCACUCUAAUGCGUAUCACCAUUGCACAUUGUUAGUUAAUGUAAAUCUCAACAACUUGAGAAAAAGUCUGAAGGUGAACGAACGAGGAAUCAAGACAAACGCUACACAAUCUACAAAAUCAAGCAUUAAAAAUUUAACAGAUAUAAAUCCAAAUAUUACUGUAGAAAGUCUUAUUUCUAACAUUGGAAGUGAGUAUUUGGGAACUGACAUUUACAAUUUUAAACGAAUAAACCCUACUGAAGACCUUUAUCCCGGUUUAAUCGAGUUAAGGAACGUAUUUGUAAGCUGGGAUUGGUGUUUUGGAAAAACGCCUAAAUUUACCGUUUCCAGAUGCUUUCCUAUACCGGAUCACUUUUUUGGGGAUGUUAAACACAUACAAGAAAAAGUACAAGUGAUGAUAGUAGUGGACAAGGGCAUUAUAGCAGAGGCAAAUGUUAAUAUUCCCCAAUUCCUCAUGAGUGAUUCUGUAGGUCAUCAGUUGGACAUUCUGAACAGUUUAAUUGGGUGUAAAUUUAAUAAAGAAAUGCUACAAGCUUCUUUGGAUGCAGUGCAGAACGUAUUUAAAGACAAGAGAAAGAAUGCAUUUUUACUAAAAUGUAUUGAGGAAUCAGUGGCAUUUGCUUGAAAAGGCAUAUUUAAAUAGCAAUUGUUUGCCUAUAAAACUAUUGAAAUGACCUACAUGAUAUUCAUUUUUUUUUUUAUUACAAAACUGUAUUUAAGUGAGGGCAUUUUUAAUGUAAUUUCCUUAAUUCAUUAAUUUGUUGGUGAAUACAUACUGAUCAGUAAUUAAUGCAGCAUAUAACUAAUAAACUUCUGUGCAUUA